UGUCCACAGUAUCCUGCCGCCUUGAGUGCUGCUGGCCAGAUGGCAACUCGCGGUAAUCUUCUUAGCACCGCGCGCUGCAUGUACUGAAUGAAAGAGAUUGCGAAAUCCUACCUAUCAUGUGAAGGCUUUGGUUGUGGUUUGUGUGUCUGUGUGGCUGUGUGUGUGUGAGGGACAGAGACAGCAUAACAGAGAACUAAGCUUGGUAGCUUCACCCUUGGGGCACUGGCCUGUAAAAAAUGUCCCUGUAACCCUGGAACCAUGGAACCAUGACAGUCAUCACUUAUUCAAACGGUGCUGGAAGCCGUUAGAACAAAAUCCAUGUUCCUGCGCAUCCCUCUGCCUGCGGGAAUGUUCCACAGCCCAUAUCUGAGAUUUUAGAACCUGGGAUCAUGUUGGACCCCUUAGAGAUUCAAGAAACUUGUGGAAUCAAACGCCCAAGACGGACUGAAGAGACAGAAGGAAGAAAAGGAGCUGUUCAAAGGAAAUGGAAAGUGAUCGGCAGAAGAAUCAGCAGUCAGAGAAAAGAACCUAAAAAUGAUGCAAAAGGAUAUGGGAAAAAUCGGGUUAAAGAGAAAGCCAGGAAAGUUCUAAAAAGAGAAGGUGAAAUCAAGCCAAAAGACAAAAGUAUAAGGAGAAAGAUGCUUUGGCUUUUUUUUCUAUGGCUAGUGCCCAUGAAAAACAUGAAUCAAGAAAAGAUGAAGAGGCAGAUGAAUAUCACUGGGCUGAAGUGGCAUGAUGUCUUCCUCUGGUUGCCUCUCCUCUUCCUCAGUCUCUGUCCUAAACCUGCUUCAUCACAGGGACAUUUUCCCCGAAUGGAAAACAUUGCUGCCUUCAAACCUGUGUCCACCUCUCCACCUCGCUCCACCUGUGGCGUUCCAGAGCGGAGCAGCUACUGCCAGUCACCGUCCUCACAGUCGGAACUGCUGACAUGUUUUCAAGGCUUCUGUGUCCAAGAGUGUCCCUAUAGAUCAUCUACACCUCCAUAUGCCCCACUUCUCCUAGCUGCACACAGGGGUACCUGUGUAACCGAAGACACUCAUGACGCCCGCCCUCGGACUCAGACAGAGACUGGAAGCACAACAAGUUCAGAUGGAAUUUCUGCUGGAUCUGGCAGCGUGUUGUUUCAGCCAAGCCAGGAUGGAUGUCUCGUUUCGCCCCCUUCACAGGCAUUAGGACCCCUGGGUUCCCUCACCUUGGCAUUAUGGAUCAAACCAAGUUCUACUGGAGAGAUGAUGCUGCUGGAGAAGAGUUCAGGGGAGCGGUUGGUUUUUUCUCUGACAGUGUCUGACCAGGCUGUAACCCUGAGGUAUGGUCAGUUCAACAGGCAGGCAUCUUUGGCUGUCAGUUUCAAAACAGAAGGCAGACUAAGUCUGGGGAGCUGGACACAUCUUACAAUGCAGAUCUUUGAACGACAUGCAAGUCUUUUCCUGGAUGGGCUUGAGGAGGACGGGACACCAUUUGACACAAAACAUCUGACCAAACCACUCUCUGAUAUCAGCGAGGACGGUGCCAUGUGGGUGGGAUUAAGCUCCAAAGGGUCCAAUCAGUUCAUUGGGCGGAUGCAGGACUUUAGAUUUUAUCCUGCCACUUUAACCAGCAGAGAAAUAGUUGAACUGUACUCAGGAGUCCUGCCUGAGCUCCAUGUCCAGUCUGAGUGUCGCUGUCCUCCCAGUCACCCGAGAGUACAUCCCUUAAUUGAGAGGUACUGCAUUCCUAAUGCAGUUGAGGACACCACCAAUGACAGAGUCUUAAGGCUGAACCUUGAUGCUCAUCCACUAAGCUACAUCAAUGAUCAGGACAUGGGCACCACGUGGCUAUCAACAAUUAUGACUGCCCAAGAACUGGAUGAAGGAGUCACUAUUACAGUGGAUUUGGUUAAUGGACAAUUUCAGGUAUUCUAUGUUAUAGUUCAGUUUGGGGGUCUCAUGCCUGAGUCAGUUUUGAUCCAAAGACAGAAGCAUGACCUCGCAGACCCUGAGAGUGAACAGAACACACAACAGCCCUGGUUGGAUUGGCAGUAUAUGGCCAGAAACUGCAAUGUGUUUGAAAUGGAGAACAAUGGGCCUUUACUAAGACCAGACUCAGUCAAUUGUCUACAGUUAUCCAGUGAUAUGCCCUUCUCAGGAGGUAACAUCACAUUCAGCCUGCUGAGCAUGCACCCAAAUCUGAGGCCAGGCUACAAUGACUUCUACAAAACACCAGCUCUGCAGGAGAUGGUACAAGCUGCCCAGGUCAGAAUACAUAUGAGGGGACAAUACCACACCAGAGCUUCCGGUGUGAACCAGCGACAUAAAUACUUUGCCAUCAAUGAGAUCACCAUCAGUGGCAGAUGUGAGUGUUAUGGCCAUGCAGACCACUGUGAUACCACAGUCACACCAUACCGCUGCCUGUGUCUGCCAGAGAGCCACACAAUGGGAAAUAAUUGCCAGCACUGCACACCGCUCUACAAUGACAAACCAUUUAGAGCAGGUGAUCAGCUCCAACCUAUGAACUGCCGAUCUUGUCAGUGUCACGGCCACGCCUUCUCCUGUCAUUACGAUGGCCUAGCUGAUGACCACCCAGAAGAACAUUAUCGAGGAGGAGGAGGAGUCUGUGACAACUGCAUGCACAAUACCACAGGAAAGAACUGUGACCAGUGUAUAAGUGGAUUUUUUAGGCUGGAGAACUCUGAUCCCACUUCAGUUGAUGUGUGUCAGCCCUGUAAGUGUCACAUUGCUGGAACGGUCAACGGCAGCAUGGAAUGUGCCCAGACAGGAGGUCAAUGUCAGUGUAAAGCUGCAGUAACAGGUCGUCAGUGUGCCAACUGCUUGCCUGGUUGGUAUGGUCUCAAUUCUUCAAAUCCAAAUGGUUGCAUUUCCUGUAACUGCAGUGAUCUGGGUGUCAUCAGCACAUCAGCAGGAACAGUUUCCCACUGCAACCAAAACACUGGACAGUGUCAUUGUAAACCUUAUGUCACAGGCCUUUCAUGUGACCGCUGUGAGUUUGGUUAUUGGAACCUUUCCCAUCCAGAAGGCUGCAUCCCAUGUGACUGUGACCCCUUGGGUUCCCUCAGUCCGUUUUGUGAGCCUCGGGGUGGGCAGUGCGAAUGUAAGCGUGGCGUGGGGGGUCGACGAUGUGAUUCAUGUGGCAGUGGCUUAUAUGGUUUAAGACUUGAGGGAUCCUGUACACCUUGCAACUGCUCACAAGACGGGACAGUACCUGGAACAGACUGCGAUUCAUUCACCGGACAGUGUGUGUGCAAGAAAUAUGUGGAGGGCCGUCACUGUGACUCUUGUCGUCAUGGGUAUCACACCCUGGAGCAUCGAAACUCUCUGGGCUGUCUGCCGUGUGUAUGCAACAUUAAUGGAACUGUGCCAGGGGGUGUAUGUAACAUGCAGACCGGACAAUGCCCGUGCAAAGAAGGGGUAGAGGGGGCACAGUGUACCACUUGUGUCCACAACUACUACAACAGUAGUUUAGAACUUAAGGAGGGUUCUCUUCAGGGCUGCAUACCAUGUAUCUGCAAUCCCAGGGGAACAGUGAGGGGGUCAGUCUGUGACAGCACCACAGGGCAGUGUGUUUGUCUCCCAACACGCAAUGGAAAGGACUGCAGUACCUGCCGACCCGGCUUCUACCUCUCUUCAGAUCACAGUACUUGUUUGGAGUGUGACUGCCAUCCCUAUGGGAGCAUUAGCGAGGCUGUGAGAGCCAGGACUGGACAGUGUGUGUGUGCUCAGCCCUCAGUGGGGGGCCGUCGCUGUGACCAGUGUCAUGAUAUGUUCUUUGGAUUCAACCCUGGUCUGGAUGCCAGCCCUUGUGCAUGUGAACCAGUAGGCAGUGUCAAUAGUUCAUGCCAUCCAAACACAGGCGUAUGUAAGUGUAAGCUGCUGGUAACUGGGGACAAGUGUGAUACAUGUCAGCCUGGGGCAAGUAUUUUUGACCCUGAAAACCACUUUGGCUGCAGCAAAGCACCCUCCCAGCAGCCUCCACCGAUAGGUUUAUCUCUCAGUUACUCCUCCAUCCAUCUUUCUUGGCAACCCCCCGAUUCCCCAAACUCACACAUACUCAACUACACCCGUAGGGAUGCACAGCCAGUGCAUACCAUUCAUAGUCAUUAUCCUUUAGGCUCUGAAUCCUUUGUGGACAAUGGGUUGUUUCCCUUCACCAACUAUUCUUACUGGCUCAUAACAGCUAACGUAGCUGGUGAGACAGUAAGUGCAUCAGCGUCGUACCAAACCUAGGUGCACCACCUGCAGCAGGACCAGCUUCGUUUAAACCUCCUGGGACGACCAGGUCCAACCAGUGCUAACUUUAACUGGAGUACACCAAGAAAUGACACAGGCCCAGUUGAGAGGUUUGUAUUAUCCUCUGUGGAGUCAUUCGGUGGAGUUGAGCCUGUCAUUCACUACACUGGCUUGUCUACCGAGGCUGUGGCAAGUGGUCUAAAGCCCUUCACACAGUACAGUGUAAUACUGGAGGUUAUCCCAGAGUUUAUUGCUCCACCAGAUGUGCUUCCGCUGUCAUCCACCAGCCUCAAAGUUACCUGGAGCUCUACUGAGGGUCAAGGAUUCAUUGCCAGAGGACAGGUCACAGAAUACCGAGUCAGUUUGCUCACUGAGCAGACCACAAAUCCUUAUGCUCCUCCAGUUGUGAGUCAGGUCUUACAUAGAGUGGGACCAUCAUCACAGCCUGUUUACGUAAUGAAAGGAUUAAAACCUUACCAUGUGUACAACUUCACUGUCACACUUUGUACAAAAAUGGGUUGCAUCACCAGCCUGCCAAGUACUGGACGGACCUUAUCUGCAGCACCAACUGGACUCUCUUCACCUCGUUUAUAUCCUAUGAAUGAAACCACCAUUCACAUAGACUGGGACCCUCCAGCCCAACUUAAUGGGCCAAACCCACUAUAUCAGGGUCAGAAUAUAGGCUUACAGUGUAUGGUGGAGAGGACAGAUGUAUCACUGUCUGACCCACAACAACCAGUUAUCAGAGGAACAAGAUUUAUAGGGAACGGUUAUUACCAGUUUCCUAGUGACACUCUUCCAAGCAACACAGACUUCACAGGUGUGGAGUUAAGUUUCAGAACUCGCUCCCCAGAUGGCCUCCUGCUUUGUGCCUUCUCUCCAGGAGAUCAAGAAGAGUUUUUGGCCAUACAGAUAAAAAAUGGGCGCCCUUUCUUUUUGUUUGAUCCUCAGGGCUCAGCGGUGGCUGUGAGUGUGUGGGGUGAUGAAGGGCACCACUAUAAUGAUGGACAAUGGCACAGCAUCAUUGCAACAAGGCGAGGGGCCGUGGGAACAAUCGUUGUAAACAAUCAAUACAGCGGUAGUGCAUCAGCGUCAAAUGGCAACAGUAUUAUUGGUGAGAACAUGGGGGUUUUCAUUGGAGGGCUGCCUGAGGAUUUUACUCUGCUCAGAGAGGAUUUGGGAGAUGCUCAGCUGGUGCAACACAGCUUCUCUGGCUGCCUUAGAGAUGUGAGAUUAAAAAUGGCUGACAGCCCCUCAGAGGAAUGGCAGUUCCUGGAUUGGACAAAGGCCACAAAGAAGGUGUCAGUGUAUGAAAGCUGGGAGGGAUGCCCUCUUCAAAUCGUGGAUGGAGCUCAUUUUCUGGGUCAUGGUUACUUGGAGUUGGUUACAGGUGUUUUCAGUGGAGGACAGGACUUUGGCAUUUCUAUGGACUUCAGGACUGACCAGCUCAAUGCACUUUUGAUGUUUACAUACAACACACAAACUAAAGACUACAUGCUUGUGGAGCUAGAAGCCGGUAUCCUGUCUUUUAUUCUUGCUUGGAAUGGUCAUGUGACUGAACUCAGCAUGUGGGUGGGGCUCAGCUAUUGUGAUGGAGAGUGGAAGCAGAUGUCAUUGGAGAAGCGUGGCUCAGUCAUCUUUGCUGCUGUCAACGACUGGACUGAGCAAACGAGGGGAGUGGGAGGUGAUCUAAGGCUGAGAUUUGAUUCGCCUUUGUACUUGGGUGGUGUUCCAAUAGAACUCGUGCAUCCUGCACUGAAUGGAAGUCACAAGCAUGGCCUAGGAGGUUGCAUACGUGGUCUUACCAUUCGCAGUGAUGAAAGAAAUCCUCCUGUCAGUCAAAGUGUUAACCUCUUUGUUGCCUCACGUCGUUCUGUUAGAGUCUCCUUAGAUGGCUGUCCAACCAGCGAAAGCCGCUUCCACUGCAGAGGAAAUGAUUCAGUGUUGGUUUACAGUGGGAGAAACACAGAAGCCACAGAUUUUUAUCUGCAACCUUUCACUGAGUACUUGUACAGGUUUGUGGCCUUGGCUGUAGGAGGUUGGGCAGCAGGACCGUGGCAGAGAGGACGCAGCCGCAGCACAGUACCUAUGUCUGUACCACCUCCAACUAACGUGCAGCCCAUCAGUGGCUUCAGUGCCAUUGUGAGCUGGGUGCGUCCCACUGGUGACAUCAGAGGGCUGAUUGACAGAUAUGAGCUGAAGGCCUACAAUAAGGACUAUCCAGAAGUGCCACCACUAAAAGCUACAUACCUGGCCAAUGGAAACCUCACAGGUGUGGUGAUGGGUCUCACUCCAUCCACUCGUUACAUCAUCACUGUUAGUGCCUGUGGUCCUGCUGGCUGCACUGAGAGUCCUAUUAAUGACAGCGGUGAUGACACUGAUUUGAGUUGGAGCCUCACAACCCCACAGGAAGCUCCAGAUGGUGUAUCUCCUCCAUCUGUAGUCUCAUCCCCAUCAGUGCUCUCUGUUACCUGGGAGCCUCCAGCAAGGCCCAAUGGAGGCAUUACAGAGUACCUCCUCUAUCACAACAACCAAAUGAUCUACAGAGGGAAAAACAGAGAGCACAACAUAACUGGUCUUGGUGUGUAUUCCACCCACUUGUUGGUACUGAGUGCAUGCACUUCAGUGGGUUGCACCAACAGUUCACAAGUUACAGCUCUGACCUCUCAGCUUCCUCCAGGGCCCCUACCAGCACCAACUGUUACUCUGCUAGACUCUCGGACUAUAUUUGUUGAGUGGUCACGUCCAUCUCAGAUAAAUGGUGUUUUGGAGUUCUAUUCCAUCUUCCUGUCACAUGGCAGUGCAGAGCCCAUGCUGGUCUAUAACAGCUCAGAACUUUUUGAAGACCACACACUCCGCAACUUAACCCCUGGAACAUCUUACACUGUCACAGUGGCUGCCUGCACAGGAGGAGGAUGCACAUUAAGCCCCCCAAGCCGGGCUCAGACAGAGGAGAGCACCCCAGAGAAUAUCCCUGCACCACUGGUCAUCCCUCUGUCCCCACAUGCACUCAAUGUCAGCUGGACUCCUCCUGACACUCCAAAUGGUGUUAUAACGAGCUACGGUCUCUGGCUGGAUGGAGUUCUCAUCUUCAACUCCAGUUCUUCCCAGAGGUUUUUUGUGGUGGAGGGACUCUCUCCAUGGAGUCGACACAUACUCAGGCUGCAGGCCUGUACAGCGCAGGGAUGUGGAAAAGGACCGAUGGUUGAAAUGCGUACAUUGGAGAUGGCCCCAGAUGGUCCUAUACUGUUGGAGCUGACCAAUCAGAGCUCUAGAUCAAUCAGAGCCCGCUGGACAGCUCCUCCAAGGGCAAAUGGAAACCUCAGCUACACACUCUACUACAAAAGCAAAGAUGGUGAUGGUGUGUUGGAUGGAGGUACAGCAGCAGGCAUCUGGUUAACUGUAACUGACCUACAGCCCUACAAAAGAUACAGCUUCUGGAUCAGGGGGUGUAACACUCAGGGUUGUGUUGAGAGCCUGCCAGUUAUCGUUACUACACCCCCAGCAGCUCCAGAUGGGUUAUCACCACCAACUUUGGCUCGUGCAACGAAAUCCAGCCUGAAUGUGUCCUGGCUUGCACCUGCCAACUCAAACGCACCAGGCCUGCUUCACUACAGCUUGCAAAUGAGGACAUCCCCACAGAGGCCUGUCAUUAGGCUUAUGGAAAAUGCAACUGACACCUUUUCCUAUGAUGUAGAAGGUUUGUCACCGUACACAGACUACCUGUUCAGAGUGGUGGUUUCACACACCCAUGGGCAAACAGCUAGCCCUUGGGUAACUUUGCGCACUGCAGAGGACAGUCCAGGACCAGUAGAUACCCCAACUGUAGAGGGGGCCCAUUCCCGACGUGUUUCAAUUACCUGGGAUCCCCCCACAAACCCAAAUGGAAUUAUUACGACUUAUACCAUUUAUCUUCAGCCUGGCAUAAUUUCUUCAAAUGACAAACCCAGUUUAAUGUCCAACACCAGUUUGCCUCUCAGCCCCAGCUUAGGUUCUAACCCAAGCCUGCUGCCCAGCACAGAGGGAGCAUAUCUUACCUCAAGUUCCAUCCUCAGGACAUCAGCUAAUCUUACCACCCCUCAUGGCUCAAGCUUCAUAUCCAUGUUUUCUGUCAGCCCCAGCUCUAAAAAUGGCUCAAGCCCAAUUCAAGGCACUACACACCCUCCCCAUAACCAUUUCUCCACCUUGAGGCCUGUUAAUGUAGGUAAUCAGACUGAGUCUGCUCAUGGAAGUACUGUAAGUCAAGGUUCCAGUGCCACCUCACUACAGCCAGUUGAGUGGAAAACCACCAGUGUCAGACCCAGCUUGAGCAAUGCAAACAGUUAUAAUCCUGAUUUUGUUCUAAAGCAAGACCGCUUCACCAGCCCCAUCUCCAGUUCUUCUGAUGCAGCUUCAAGAUCAAUGCCUCUGUCAGUCACUGUUCCUGGGGAUACUACCAGUUACACUUUCUUCGACCUACUUCCUGACCAAAUGUACAGCCUGCAGGUAGAAGCAUGCACCAGUGUGGGUUGUUCAGUGUCUGAGACGCCUCAGCAUUUCCGUACCCUCCCAGCACCUCCUGAAGGGGUCCCUGCCCCUCACCUAUACUCUGACUCACCCACAUCUGUUCUGCUUUCCUGGGGUGCUCCAGAGAGAAGCAAUGGACCACUGGAACGUUGGCUCAUUGAGCGUAGAGUUUCUGGGACAAAACAGGUCUCCACAGUAGGGCAUCUCCAACCAGAUCCUCCCCCACUUUCUUUCCUGGACUCCUCAUCAGCUCUAAGUCCAUGGACUAACUAUGAGUAUCGACUUGUCCUCCUUAAUCAGGCUGGAAAUGCUACAGGGCCUUGGGUCAGUGUCACUACCAGACCCUCUCGACCUGCUGGUCUUAGUCCUCCAAAGGUAGUUGUCUUGGGACCAGAGUCAGUUCAAGUCACGUGGUCACCUCCUCUGAUUCCUAAUGGAGAGAUUCGUGUGUAUGAAAUCCGUCUUCCAGAACCACGAUUCUCCCAUGACACUAGGAAUUCAUCUGAGUUGAACAUCACCAUCGCAGGCCUUGUUCCAUUCACGAAUUACAGCGUCACUGUGUUGGCGUGUUCAAAAGGUGGAGGACACGUUGGGGGCUGCACAGAAAGUCUCCCAACUCCUGCAACCACAUUACCCACAAGCCCUGAAGGCCUUGCACCUCUGUCGGUGGUGGCAGUCAGUGAGUCUUUCCUGGCUAUUUCCUGGCAACCACCAAGCAGGCCCAAUGGACCUAAUAUCAGAUACAAGUUGCUCAGACGUAAAACCCACCAGCCCCUGGCCAUCACCACGGUCCCCACAUUAACAGCCACAUCCCCACCUCCCUCUGAAGAUCUCCAUCGCUGGCUCCAUGUUUACUCCGGCACCAAAUUGUUCUACCAAGAUAAAGGCCUAAGCAGAUUCACCCGUUACCAGUACCAGCUGAUGGUUCAUAACGAUGUGGGUUUUACCUCAGGAGAGAUUGUCACUGCUGUGACCAUGGCGGGGGUUCCCCUCAGCCCUCCGUCUCUGUCUGCUUCCACUAUCAAUCACACGGCAAUACAAGUCAACUGGACACAGCCGUCUUUACAAGACCUGCAGGGAGAGGUGGAAUGGUUCUUUAUCACAGUAGAGUCUCCUCAACCAAGUCAGAUUUUGACUUUUGGACCUGAGAUCAAGUCCACAGUGAUAAGUGACCUUUGGCCCAGUACCACAUAUCUUCUGUCAUUAUAUGUGUCAAAUGGAGCACAUAAUACAACCAAGACCAUAGUUAAUGUCACCACAGCAGAUGGAGAGCCAGAGGGGAUGUCUACUCCAGAAGUGGUUCCAGUGAACAGUAGUACUGCACGUGUGCUCUGGUUUCCUCCUCUUCGACCCAAUGGAGCAGUAACUAGUUACAACAUCUAUGUGAAUGACCGUCUCCAUGGCAGUGUAGACAACAGCUCCGGUUCAUACCUGCUAAGCGACCUACUCCCGUUUACGGUUUACAAUAUACAGGUGGAGGUGUGCACAGUUUAUGCAUGUGCCCAAAGUAGUGUUACCAAAACCACCACUGUGGAGGACUUUCCUGCUGACAUGGCCACACCACAAGCUAAAGUUAUCAGUCCCAGGGUGGUGAGAUUAGAUUGGUCCCAUCCAGGAAAACCCAGUGGGAUCAUGCUGGGCUAUGAGGUUUUAAGACGGACCCUUAGAUCAUGCACUGAUGGGUCAACAGGGGUAACAUCAUCCUCGGGGAAGGAGUCUGACAGCACAGGUGGUUUAAGGUUCAGAUGUUCAUACCUGCAGUGUCCUGCAAAUCAUGGUGUGUGUGGGACGUCCUGCUUCAGUCGUGACAUGCAGGUUUGUUGCGGUGGAUUAUUAUACACAAGGAAGCCACAUCACUAUUGCUGCGAGGAUAAAUAUAUGAGUUUCAAUAAUUCAUUCAUUCCUGUGUGCUGCAAUAACAAAUUGGUCCCAUCUCUUCGUGACCACCAAUGCUGUGGAGGAUACUAUGUUCCUGUAAAAUCCAAUGAAUACUGCUGUCCUGACAACUUGCAGGGCCGGGUCUCAAUUGGGCUGGGUGACAGCUGCUGCGGGGGGGUUCCUUACUCCAUGACAGGCGGCCAGCUCUGCUGCAGUGGGAGCCUCCAUGAUGGCUAUGGGGUCCAAUGCUGUGGAGGCCGGAUUGUAGAUAAUACCCUGGUGUGCUGUGGUGAUGCUGAGAGGGGGGAAGUGCAUAAAUAUUCUCCAGGUUUUGUCUGCUGUGGUCAGGAGUACAUAAACUCUUCAACUUCUCUUUGCUGUUUGGACCAUGAUGGACAUCCCACAAUACACCCUGCUGGCAACGCCACAGUCACACUGCAGUGCUGUGGCUCAGUGGUCAUACAUCAUGAAGAGGAAUGCUGUAAUGGGAUCGGCUUUGAUCCCCAACGCCAUGUGUGUGCCGACCGACCCACACCUGGCCUCCUGAUACAGCACCAGUGUUUGCAGGGCGCUUUGUGUCCCGUGGCUGCAGCAGCUACAGCUUACUGUGGCUCCUGUGACCUUGAUCCAUCUCUGACUGCCUGCACAUGGGUUCUGACUGCACACUCACAGCCUGACACACAAUCCACGACACGCUCACCAUUCAUCAGCACCAUGCAGGAAACUCUCACUACGGGCCUGUCGACACACACAAACAGUAGUAAUAACACUUACAGAAUGGAAGACACAUACAGUAACACACACACUGAGAACACACAGUUUGAGGGUCUAUGCCGAUCACAUGAAGAGGUGAUAUACAGCGGAGAUGCCAGCAUUUUCACCUAUACAGACCCUGACCUGGAGCCUUUUACCUCCUAUGAGUAUAGAGUGAGAGGUUGGAACAGCUUUGGUCGAGGCUCCAGCAAUGUUACAUUAGUGACAACCAGUGAAGACAAACCAUGGGGGGUGGCCCCGCCCCGCUGGAGUCGUCUAGGUGAACGGGAUGACAUCAUCCAGUUGCAAUGGCAAGCUCCCGCUAGACCUAAUGGAGUGAUCACCCACUAUGUUGUACUGCGGGAUGGACAUGAGCGUUACCGUGGAGAUGAAAACAGUUUCACUGAUGUUGGAGGGAUCAGGCCUUUUCAAGAAUACGGUUACCAGCUGAGAGCCUGUAAUCAGGCUGGUUGUACUGACAGCACGAAGGUGGUGGCGGUGACAGUCCAGGGAGUCCCAGAAUUAGUGCAGCCUCCAGUGAUAACAGCUGUAAGCCCCUCCUGCCUUCAUGUAAGCUGGUCUGAACCUUCUCGUCAAAAUGGAGUCAUACAGCGGUACCACUUGAACCAGACGGGGGUCGGAACCGUAUUUACACACACUGAUGGACCCAGAAAUUAUACUGUGACGGGUCUGCAGCCAUACACAGACUACAAUUUUGUGCUGGUUGCCUGUACAGCUGUUGGAUGUGGAGCCAGCAAACCAUCCACAGGACGCACCCUGCAAGCCACACCUGCAGGUGUGUGGUCAAGGCCGAGACAUCUGAUAAUAAACACAUCUGCAGUGGAACUGUACUGGGAUCAGCCAUUGCAGCCUAAUGGACGCAUCCUCCAGUACAGGCUGAUCAGAGACGGCCUGACUGUUUUUACUGGAGACCACCGUGACCAGAAUUAUACUGAUACUGGCCUCCUGCCAAAACACAGGUACCUGUAUCAGCUGGAGGCAAGUACAGGGGGUGGAGCCGGCAUGAGUGACACAUAUACUGUACAAACACCUUUCUCCUGCCCCACUGGGAUCCCACCUGCCCACAACGUGUCAGUGUCAGGCCCUUUCUCCAUUUCUGUUUCCUGGUCCCCUCCUGCUCAACUAAACAGCAGCCAGCCUGUGACCUACAACAUCCUGUUGAAUCCAGGGAGUCACAGCGCCAUAAUUCGUCAUGCUGGGCAAGAUUUACACCUCUCUGUGACAGGUCUGGAGCCUUUCACUACUUACUACAUCAGAGUUCAGGCCUGUCAGAGUGAUGGGUGUGGAGUAGGAGAAGGAGUUUAUGUUCGGACUUUAGAAACUACUCCAGAGCGUCUGCUGCCCCCCACAAUAAAGGCAGCUGGAGCUCGAGUCCUGGAGGUCCACUGGUCACCCCCUGUAAAACCAAAUGGGCUCAUCUCUUCAUAUCAUAUAUACAGGCGUCCAUUAGGAACAGAAGAGGAGUUGCUGGUUUUCAUCUGGUCUAGUGGCCCACUUGAAUUUGUUGAUGCAAGCCCCACCUUGCAACCCUUCAGCUACUUCCAAUACAGGGUUCGGGCUCAUAACUCUAAAGGCUCAGUUGUGAGUCAAUGGACUUUAGCCCAGACUUUACAGGCAAAACCACAAGAUAUGGCCCCUCCUGUUCUCACACCUUCUGGUGCAUACUCAGUCCAUCUGAAAUGGAGCAUACCAAGACAGCCCAAUGGUCUAAUUUCCCAUUAUAGACUGGUUUACAUGAAGCACCAACAGGAUCCAACACUCAACUCAACUUCUGUUACAGCUCUGACUGUAGAGGAUUCAGUCUUUGAGGCUACAGUCUACGGCCUUGAACCAUACAGUCAGUACAGUGUCUGUGUGGAAGCUGUGAAUGGAGCAGGCAGUGUUUCCAGUCCAUGGGUGAAUAUAAGGACCCAGCAGGCUUCUCCAGCUGGCCUGGCUAACUUCACAGUGGAGCAGAGAGAGCAAGGCAGGGCUUUGCUGCUUAGUUGGGAUGAGCCACAUUCUCCAAAUGGAGUCAUUACGAGUUACAACUUGUACAGUGAGGGGAACUUGGAGUUCAGUGGACUAUCACGCAGCUUCCUGUUUCGUCGCUUGGAGCCAUGGACCAUGUAUUCUCUGACUCUUGAAGCUUGUACAUCAGCAGGCUGCACUCAUACACCUCCUCAGCACAUCACCACAGCAGCAGCACCACCUGCUUCCCAGCCACCCCCCAGGCUUCUCUCCAUUGGCCCAGACUAUGUGUCACUUACCUGGGGCCCUCCUUCACAACCUAAUGGGCCGGUUGGAGAGUACUCUGUGCUUGGGAGGACUCUGGAGGAACAGGGGAGGGGACGGAGUAAUGAAGAUGAUGCUGAAUGGGGUAAAGUGCUCUUCAGAGAAAAAUCCCCACAAAAUGCCGAAACCUUUUCCUUUACAGCAACUGGUUUGCGUCCUUGGACAAAAUACGAGUUUAGUGUGUGUACACACAACCCAGCUGGGCACACCUGCAGCCCAUGGAUAACUGUAACAACCAAUCAAGCUCCUCCUCGUGGCCUGGCACCUCCGACAGUGCAUCACCUUCAAGGCCAUCCCAGUGAAGUGCUACUUUCCUGGAUUCCUCCAUUGGAGCCCAAUGGGGUUCUUAAGUCUUACAGGAUUCAAAGAAACAAUGUUAGUUUCUCAUUCAGUUUUGACCCGACAGUCCUCUCCUACACAGAUGAAGACCUGCAGCCAUUUUCAACUUAUAGCUACUCAGUGACAGCCUGCACGUCUGAGGGAUGUAUCACCAGCCCACAAACAAAUAUCACAACCCUGGAGGCCCCACCUGCCACAGUGGAAGCUCCCACAGUUGAUGCCAUCACAUCUAAUAGUAUAGAUAUUUCUUGGACUAAACCUCUGAUGCAGAAUGGAGAGGUGACAGAAUAUGUGUUAAAACUAAACAACAAAGAGGCUUAUCGUGGAAGAGAUCUCAAUACAGUGCUGUCAGAUCUGAAGCCUCACAGUUCAUAUCAUCUGGUACUAAUGGGUUGUACGAGCGGUGGUUGCACCACCAGUGUCACAGUGUCUGUUGUUACUGAGGAAGCUCUUCCCACUGACAUGGCUGCCCCAAUUCUUAAGGUUACAGGCCCUGAGUCAGUGGAGAUUAGCUGGAGACCACCAACACACCCUAAUGGCAUUAUCACUGGAUAUGAACUUCGUAGAGAUGGUGAAGUUAUCUAUGUUGGCACGGAGACCCAUUACCAUGACUUCACGCUUUUGCCAAGUGAGGAAUAUAGCUACAUUGUGCGGGCCAACAACAGUAGAGGUGCUGUGAGCAGUGAGGUAGCCACAGCAAAGACCCACUCAUCAGCUCCUUCUGGUGUGGGUCUCCCAACGCUAAUGCCCCUGAAGGCAAGCCAGUUGAGAGUGGAGUGGCGGACUCCAGCUCGUCCUAAUGGAGACAUAGUCAGUUACACUGUGUAUUUGAAAGAUCCAGUCCAGCUUAACAUCAUUAGCACAGUGCUUACUCCAGAGGACAGUGCCUUCUCUGACAGACGCACCAUUCUACAUGGGCUGGCUCCUUACCAUAGGUAUGAGGUGAGGGUGGAGGCUUGCACAGCACUGGGCUGCUCCUCCAGUGACUGGUCCUCUGUCCUCACGCUGGAGGCUCCCCCUACUGGACAGACAGCACCACUGUUAGACCUCCAACCUGACACAAACCCCAGCCUGUACACAAGCUUCCUACUCACCUGGUCCCCUCCAGCUCAGCCAAAUGGUAGAAUCCUUCAUUACGAGGUGCACCGCAGGCUGGACGUCACCACUGACACCCACAGAAGUGAUGCAGCAUCAGUUGUCUACAGAAAUGUCUCUACGUCAUUCAAAGAUAGUGGACUUCAGCCCUAUACAGUGUAUCAGUACCAGGUGUGGGCAGUGAACUCAGCCGGUCAUGCUGCCAGUCCAUGGGUCAGUGGGAAAACAGGACCUGCCCCACCUGAGGGUGUUGGCCCGCCUGUUUUCCUUCAUGUUUCAGCAACCUCGGCAGUAGUGGACAUCCUUCCUCCAGCCCAGCCCAACGGGAUUGUUAGUCUAUACAGAGUAUUUUCACUGGACCACAACAACCGAACUCUGCUCUCAGAAGGUACAUCCCAUCAGCAGACACUUCAUGGUUUGCUUCCUUAUACACACUACUGGGUAGGAAUUGAGGCUUGCACCUGCUUUCAGUGCUGUAGCCAGGGUCCACUGAGGAAGCUCCACACCCUAGCUGCACCCCCGGCUGAUCAGCCUCCUCCUCGCCCUGUCACCCUGACCUCUCGCUCUGUUCAGCUGGAAUGGGAUGAGCCUCUGGCACCUAAUGGGAUAAUUGAGAGCUGUGAGCUUCAUCUCAGGUUGCCUUGCCCACAGCCCCCCCAGCCUAUACCCAUCCCAUGCACGGAGGGACCAACAGAAAUUUGUUUUUUUGGCAAAAAAAGAAGCUACAAUGUUACAGGUCUCCAACCAUACUCCACCUAUGAGCUAAGGGCUGCCUGCUUUAACAACAUGGGCAGCACUGCCUCCAACUGGACGACUGUUAGCACACUCAGCGAAGCUCCCCAGUAUGUGUCUGCCUUCUCAGUGGACGGUAACCUGACAGUUAUUUGGCUGGACUGGACGAGGAGCUUUUCCCUCAAUGGGUAUCUGAAGGAGUACACUGUAACAGAGAGCCAGCUCAGGGUCUAUACUGGCUUCUACAGCUAUCUUCAUAUUCCCCGUACAUCACAGAAAACUUUGUCAUUUCAGGUGACUUGUACCACAGACAAUGGUAGUGCCAGUACUCCCACCAUCCGAUACAGCCCGGCCACAGGCCAAAGUCCUCUUGAGCCCGUUGAUAGUGGGAAACAAGGUGUUGGCAUGUCAGCCACACCUGUUUACUCUGAACUCUGGUUUAUCCUGCUGUUAGCCCUGCUUGGUCUGUUUCUGCUUGCCAUACUGCUGGGUUUAGUUCUACAAAGAGCCUUGAGGAAAAAUCCAUCAGCUAGAGAGCGCCCUCCGCUGGUCAUGCUUCAGAAGACCAAAAAGGCUGGAGGAGAGACGUAUACGUUUGACACUGUAGCAGACUGUGUUGAGAUCAACAACGUUAUGCUUAAAAGCUACACUGUGUACACAGAGGGUCUGACAGACACCAAGAUCAUCGGCAGCAGCUCACGCUUCAGCCCCAUGUCUGUUCUACGAGCUCCCAUCCAAACAGACCUCCCUCAGGCCUACUCCCAGCAUUCCCUGCAUCGCAGCGUCAGCCAGCUAAUUGACAGGAAGUCACUGAUGAUGGAGGAAGGAAGUUGGGACAAUCCCCUUGGACAUGAUUCUGGACUGUAUGUGGAGGAAGAUGAGUUUGUGGACACCAUCAAGGCCUUAAGUUCUGUGAAGAAGGAGCACACCAUGUUCACAGACACUCAUCUUUGAGACAGGAUUCCUACACCAGGUUUAACCAUCUUACUUUAUGAUCAAGCUAAUAAAACAUUGAUGCUAUCAGUCUUAUUGUGCCCCACAUGCAUGACUCCAGGCACAGCCUUAACAGUAGUAGGCAGGUAUACAACAUCCAUGAUUGUACAGUUGUUCACAUGUGGAUAUGGUUGACUAUAAUUGUGAAACCUGUGACAUAAAAUGCUGUAGGAUAUUUAUUCAAUAGCUUGAAUGCAUCUGUGUUUAGUAAGUAUACAGCAUGUUACAUCAAAGCAGAACAUUCCUUAAAGGAUGUCCUGAAAAGGUUCCAGUUGGAGUGUCUCUGCUUGCCAACUCUUUGUAGUUUAGGUAUUCUGAAAAGUGCAGAUAGAUCACAGUGGCAGGUUUAAUUGUCCAGUUAUUAUCAGUCAUACAGGAACUGUGCCUACUAGUAAUCUUACAUGUUAUCAGCAGCAGCAGCAGCACCUCAGCUGUAAUAAGACACAUGGCCUUCAUGUUAGUGUUGCUUAAGAAAUGCCAAUUGUUUUUAUUUUAAAUGUGGCUGGGAAUCACAGAUGUGCCCUGUUGAGUGUUGUAAUUAAUGUUUGCGAUGUAACUUGAAAGUCCAGUCUGAAAUUCUCUUAUACCACAUAACUGUGGAUUUACUGUUUACUGCUGUUUUUAAAUGUAAACUAAAUGUUUAGUAGUGAAACCAGGUUUGUUCAGCAGUGAGUGUGUCAAUGUUGUUAACCUUUGGCUUACAGUAACUUUUAUUCUUCAGUGGACAAAUAAUCAGUUUAAAAAAAAAAAAAUUAAAAAUGUCUGCAAUGUCCUGUUUUAGACCUUUAGCGGGAAUGAAAAACUGCUUAUGCCUAGAAACAGUAUUCACUAUUGGGAUAUCUUGGUUUUCUGUGUAAUGUUAAUGGGAGUUAAUAUUUUUUGUGUACAAUAUUGAAGUCUGCUGUAUUAUAUGAAACUUUCUUUUUUACACUGGCAGUAUUAUUUAUGGUUGUA